GAAAUUUCAUCAUUUUUAGAACAUCGCUGUUGUGAUUGUGGUCAAACAUCAAAUGGAAUGACAUCUUGAUGACAAUGGAAUCGUUCUCUCAAUCGGCCAUGAAUUAAAACAGACAUUUCAAACUCACAAGCUCUCGACAUCUGCCCCGGCCUGCUGAGAAGGAAACUCUGGAAUCACUAGAUCGUUACGCGGAUCGGAAAACGAGAGACAGAGAACAAGAAUGGGAGGAUCAAACUCCAGAGAAGAAAUAGGCCCGCUCUCAAACCCCAUGUUCUUUAGUCCGCAAGAAUUAAAGGAUCUUGAGUGUGCUUUUGAAUUGGGUGCAAUAGAAGAGAUCAACUCCCUGAUUCAGGAGAAGGUAAACAAUCUGAAGAGCACGGAGCUUCACAUCGCAGUGACAGGAGAAGCGGGCGUAGGGAAAUCUACUUUCAUCAAUGCUUUCAGAGGGCUCAGAAGCAGCGAUGAGGGAGCAGCUAAAUCUGGAAACACGGAGCGCACAAUGAAGCCGACCCAAUACAAACAUCCCAACUUCGAUGAAGUUUCUUUCUGGGACCUUCCAGGAAUUGGAACAACAAAAAUUCCGUUUGAACAAUACUUCAGCAAAAUGAAGUUUGAACUAUACAACUUUUUUAUCAUUAUCUCGAGUGGUCGAUUCACUAAAAAUGAUGCAAGUAUCGCUCAGAAUAUUAAAUCCCUGAGGAAGAAUUUCUACUUUGUACGAUCUAAAAUUGACAAUGAUCUCCGUGCUCAUCAACUCAGUCAUGCUCAGGCUAACAACGAUGCAGAACUGACCAAGAUCAGGGAUUACUGCACUGAUGGGUUGAGGAAAGCAGGGAUUUCAGAACCCAAAGUUUUCCUGAUAUCAAGCUUUCAAGUGAAUGAUUUUGACUUUCCAGAAUUAAAGGAAACUCUUGCAAAUAACCUUGAUGACAUAAGAAAAGAUAUUUUCCUCAGAACACUCCCAAGCACAACAUCGAAGUUUGUGGAACAGAAACGAGAUCAGCUGAAGAACCGAACCUGGAUCUUGGCAGCACAUGCAGUAUCGCUGGGAGCGGUGCCAAUUCCUGGAAUGGACAUUGUCUGCGACCUUGGGAUGCUAGUCACAGCAAUAGAAGAAUUCCGUGAAUUUUUCGGUCUGGAUGAUGCCUCUCUUCAAAGACUGGCCAACGUGACGGGGAAACCUGUGGAAGUUCUGAAGUCAGAAGUGAAAACCUCUCUCGCAGGUGAAAUAAAUAAAGAUCUUGUCAAAAGCAUGUUACUACGUUCCCGUUAUGUUGACACUGCAGAUAAUAUGCCUUUCUUGAAAAAAAUACCAAUCAUUGGUCCCAGAUAUCAAUUAGGAAAAUCACAGAAAAUAACUGAAAAUCUCCUAAAUGAUAUACUGAGCGAAUUUGCGAAGAACGCACAGAGAGUGGUGGACACUGCGUUUGACACUGAUUAA